UCGAAGCAGAUCAACCGGCGAUUCACGCUUUUAAAAAAGCAAAUCCGAGCACUUCUGGAAAAAAAGGUCAUCUCGCAUUAAAUUCCGCGGCGCGAUUGGUAUUCCGACGUCGUUUCUGGCAGAGUUUAUAAGCGGCGGGUCGCUCCCAGGCUAGAGUCGCCCUGCCAACCUGGACUACGGCAAUAAGAGCGUCCGCUCGCUCCCUCGCAAAUUCCUUGCUGCCCACCCCUCAGAGGAAUAUCGAGAAAAUACGAGCUCCGAGGACCGGGGCUUUUCUGAAAGGAUGGCUUCCUCCGCUCCCUCGUCCUCCAACGAUGCUCCGGACCCCACCCCACCUAAUCUGCGACCUACAACUUACGACUCGUGGUGCGGCGUGGCUCACGGGUGCACCAGGAAGAUCGGGCUGAAGAUAUGCGGGUUCCUGCAAAGGACCAACAGCCUGGAAGACAAGGGCCGGAUCGUCAGCUCUCUGAAGGAAAAGCAGUCAUCCAAGAGCCUGCUGGCAUGCGAGAACAGUGAGAAGGAAUCCAGGUUCCGGCGCACCGAGACAGACUUUUCCAAUCUGUAUGCCAGAGAUUUGUUGCCCUCCAAGAAUGGUGAGGAGCAGACCAUGCAGUUUCUGCUGGAGGUUGUGGACAUCCUCCUCAAUUACGUGAGGAAGACUUUUGACAGAUCCACCAAAGUGCUGGACUUCCACCACCCACACCAGCUUCUGGAGGGCAUGGAGGGCUUCAACCUGGAGCUUUCGGACAACCCUGAGUCCCUGGAGCAGAUUCUGGUGGAUUGUCGGGACACCCUGAAAUACGGAGUGAGGACAGGUCACCCUCGCUUUUUCAAUCAGCUGUCCACAGGACUGGACAUUAUUGGCUUGGCUGGGGAGUGGCUGACAUCUACUGCUAACACAAACAUGUUUACCUAUGAAAUUGCUCCUGUCUUUGUCCUCAUGGAACAAAUAACACUUCGAAAGAUGAGGGAGAUUAUUGGAUGGUCGAACAAAGAUGGUGAUGGAAUAUUCUCACCUGGAGGAGCGAUCUCCAACAUGUACAGCAUAAUGGCUGCACGCUACAAGUAUUUCCCUGAAGUUAAAACCAAAGGCAUGGCUGCAGUCCCUAAACUGGUUCUCUUUACCUCAGAGCAUAGUCACUACUCAAUAAAGAAAGCUGGAGCUACACUUGGAUUUGGAACAGACAAUGUUAUUUUGAUAAAAUGCGAUGAAAGAGGCAAAAUAAUACCAGCUGAUUUGGAGGCAAAAAUUCUGGAAGCAAAAGAAAAGGGAUACGUUCCUCUUUUUGUAAAUGCAACUGCAGGCACAACAGUAUAUGGAGCCUUUGAUCCAAUACAGGAGAUUGCAGAUAUAUGUGAAAAAUACAACCUCUGGCUCCAUGUUGAUGCUGCCUGGGGGGGUGGACUCUUAAUGUCCCGAAAGCACCGUCACAAACUGAGUGGAAUAGAAAGAGCCAACUCAGUCACUUGGAAUCCACACAAGAUGAUGGGAGUGUUGUUACAAUGUUCUGCCAUUCUUGUCCGGGAGAAGGGUAUCCUUCAGGGCUGCAAUCAAAUGUGUGCAGGCUAUCUCUUCCAGCCAGACAAGCAGUAUGAUGUCUCCUAUGACACUGGAGAUAAGGCAAUACAGUGUGGUCGGCAUGUAGACAUUUUCAAAUUCUGGUUGAUGUGGAAAGCAAAGGGUACAGUAGGAUUUGAAAAUCAGAUCAAUAAAUGCCUGGAGCUGGCAGAAUAUCUCUACACUAAAAUCAAAAACAGAGAAGAAUUUGAGAUGGUAUUUGAAGGGCAGCCAGAGCAUACAAAUGUAUGUUUUUGGUAUAUUCCUCCAAGUCUCAGGGGCAUGCCAGACUCUGAUGAGAGAAGAGAAAAGCUACACAGGGUGGCACCAAAAAUCAAGGCAUUGAUGAUGGAGUCAGGCACCACCAUGGUUGGAUAUCAGCCUCAGGGCGAUAAAGUCAACUUCUUCCGAAUGGUCAUCUCAAACCCAGCAGCAACCAAGUCUGACAUUGACUUCCUCAUUGAGGAAAUUGAGAGGCUGGGGCAGGAGCUGUAGUGGUUGAAUGAUUUAUUUCUUGAAUUCACUGUUUUCCAGCACUGGCUAUUUUUUAAACCCAGUUCUGCAGAACAUGUUUAAAGGAAAUUCUGUAAGUUGCAAUCUCCUAAGACAUCCUUAAACAAAACAACUAUAGGCUACUGAAAUAUAUAUGUGUUGGUAGAUCAUAUUAUUGAGGGAAAAUGUAUUAUCUUGAAGUUGAAGUACUAUUGACUCUUACAUUGGUCUUGUUUAUUGUAGACAGCAGAAAAUUAAUAGAUAUUAAAAUAGCAAAUUAAGAACUCUGCACAGUAUAUAUGUACAGUAUAAAUAAAUAUAUAUUAUUAUAUAUACAUACAUAUAUAUAUAUAUAUAAAGUGGUUAUAAAGUUAGAUCAAAGCCACAGCAUGUUUUCCACUUUAAGAAAAUUAAGUUUUCCUUCAACAAAUUUGAUGUGGAUAAUGUGCUACAAGUUUUUCUGCCAGACAGAAAUAGACAUAUAGAAACAUUUCUAAAAUGUAGAUUCUUAGGAGCUAAAGAAAAUGUAUAACACUAUUAGAUCUUAUUGUUGGUGCUUUUCUCACAUACAAAACAGCAAUCUCUAAGAGCACCUUUGAGUAAAAUAGUUGUACUUGCCCUUUAGUGUCAAAUCAGGGGAUGACAGUAGCAGAGUCAUUGUAACAGGUAUAUUAUUGCUGUAUUUUUAGAGGUUAAUUUGUGUAGAUUGUGUAUAUUAUUGUUAAAUUACUUUGUGGAAAAGGAUUUAAAUGUAAUAGUUUUACAGCAAGAUAACUGUUUAAUUGUAGGUAUCUGAAACAUUUGCUUAUUUAUAUGCAGAGAUUUACCAUGCUGAAGAGUUGUCUUGUAUUUUCUUCCGUUUGUAAUGUAACCUAUUUAUAUAUUAUUGAAGUUCUAAAUAAUGUUUAUGGUAUUUUAGUGUCUUUGUGAGCCAAAGAAAAAAUAAGAAAAUAUUAGUUGACACUUUUGUUUAAAUCCUAGUGCCCUUAAAGUAUAACUUACAGAUAAUUUUACUGAAGAUAAGGAAUUCUGACAUUGUGUGUAGACUAUCAAAUCAUGGAAUCCCUUUAAUCUAUUAGAAUUAUUAGAAAUUUCACUUUUAUUUAUUGUAAUGUCAAACUGUUCUGUGUUCUGAAUGCUUUUCUAGUCAAUAUUGAUUGCUAACCAAGGCCCCUGGUUUUGAGUUUUAUUUCAGAACUGACCUCUGUGACCAUUUUAACUAAAUUCUGUGGGAGUUUUAACCACAUCAUUCUUUUAGUGAAAUGGAAUUUCACUAAAAUGGAAUUUGGAGCUUAUAAAAUAAAUAAAACCAAAAGUAAUCUCAGUAUCUUUUAAUACAGCCAGCUUGUCCCAAUAAUUUCAACUGGUUAGUCUUUU